CGGGGUUCAAGGAAGUUUGCAUCAGUUCAAGAUGGCGGAAAUGGAGCAACGCAGUAAAGAUAAUAACUCUGUAAAUGCUAAAGAAACUCCAGUUAAACAAGAAAAAAGAGAAAAUACACUUACAAAUGGUGGGAAAGGUUCUGGAGAUGAUGCUGACAGUCUUGAAGAAAUGCCUUUGGAUAUUGGAGAACAUUAUCUUGUUCGGCGAUCUGAUGACUCUUGGCAUCCAGCAGAAAUUAUUCAAACUCGAUUUAAUGAAGGAGAAGCACAUUAUGAGUACUAUGUACAUUAUGAAGGAUAUAACAGGAGAUUAGAUGAAUGGGUUCCUAGAGAUAGAAUUAUGUCCAGUCGAUUUGAUAUGAGUGACAGUCGAUGGAAAAACAGUGAACAUAAUCCAGCAAAUGACUUAUUGAGUGAUUCCUCGGAUAGAAAAAUUACAAGAAAUCAAAAAAGAAGGCACGAUGAAAUUAAUCAUAUACAAAAAACAUACGCAGAAAUGGAUCCUACUACUGCAGCACUUGAAAAAGAACACGAAGCUAUCACUAAAGUUAAAUAUAUUGAUAGGAUACAAAUAGGUAAAUAUGAAAUUGACACAUGGUAUUUUAGCCCGUAUCCUGAAGAAUAUGGCAAACAGCCAAAGUUAUGGAUAUGUGAAUAUUGUCUUAAAUACAUGCGAUUGGAGAAAACAUAUCGGUAUCAUAUGAGUGAAUGUACGCAUAGACAACCAGUUGGCAAAGAAAUAUAUCGUAAAGGAACUUUGUCGAUAUGGGAAGUUGAUGGAAGAGAGCAUAAAAUUUAUUGUCAAAAUCUAUGUCUUCUGGCUAAAUUAUUCUUAGAUCACAAAACAUUAUAUUUCGAUGUAGAACCCUUUCUUUUUUACAUUCUUUGUGAAGUUGAUAAACAUGGGGCUCAUUUAGUUGGAUAUUUCUCAAAGGAAAAAGAAUCUCCUGAUGGUAAUAAUGUUGCUUGUAUCUUAACGCUUCCACCUUUUCAAAGGCAAGGAUAUGGAAAACUACUUAUCGCUUUUAGCUAUGAAUUAAGUAGAAUCGAACAAACAGUUGGAAGCCCUGAAAAACCACUUAGUGACCUUGGAAAGUUAUCUUAUCGUAGCUACUGGAGUUGGAUACUUUUAGAAAUUUUGAGAGACUUUAGAGGUACUCUCAGUAUUAAAGAUCUCAGUCAAAUGACAAGUAUUUCACAAACGGAUAUCAUAUCAACUCUACAAAGUAUGAACAUGGUAAAAUACUGGAAAGGCCAACAUGUAAUCUGUGUGACGCCAAAAUUAGUUGAAGAACAUAUAAAAAGCAACCAAUUCAAGAGACCACGGCUAACUGUGGACUCAACAGCACUCCGAUGGGGUGCUCCACCAAAAAGGAAUACCAAACCAGGAAAAAAAUAAAAAUUUU